UGGCAGCAGUUUGUUGGUUUUAUGUCCCUUGUUACUGCCGUUUCCUCGUCCGAUAUAACUACACAACCGGCCUUUGAGAGUAUAUUCCCCGUGUUGAGCUCGGAAGCAGAGGAGCUCAUAGCGAGGAUACCGUCAACUUCCUCACCGAGUCAUCUGGUGCUGAGGCGCCGAGAGCUCGCCGUGAAUUCUCAUGAGUACUCGGCGACGACGAUGAGACUCCUGGUCAAAGCGCAAGGGGAAGUUUAUCCCAGGGAGGUUAGAGAGAAGGUGCCGUAUUUUGGCGGACUCCAAGCCGUGCGGAAGGAGAUAAGUUAUGCUCCACCCGAGCCGCCAGCACUUGAUACAUGCCGACUAUCGUUGCCCAUCCCUUCGGUAGAUAGGCCUCAUCUAGUCACGGCUGUUGUGCCCACUGGCGUUCACAAAAUGUGCGCCGGUGAGACUCGGCCGGUGGUCUGUGCAGGAUCGCAACUGGACCCUGGUUCGCCGGACGGUUUCGACGUGACUAUGAUACCGCAACCUGUGAGCUGAAAGUUUAUGAUGACUGUUGUGUAUCGGCCGAGGAAAAGGAUGAGGACAAGUUUCACCACCAAGCAGUUCUCCAUCUACUUCAACUUCUUUUUGUACCAUCGUUGCUUCCGAGACAAUUCUGAAACUCCGCUUAGUCUCGUGUGAAUGUCCGAUGAGUUGCUGCUUUAUUAUCGCCCUUGAUUGCACUAUGAGGCACAGACCGUCGGAGUGGGGGCUUUUGUGGCAGAGGCGACUAA